AUGGAGACAGUGUUCGGCUGGGUGGUCCAGGGAGUCAACUCAAGUUCGAGCCUUUCAGCACCCAUGUGCGGCAACACUGUCGCACUCUUUUUAGGCUACUUCAAUGUCGCUUGCGGUAACGAAAAAGUGAUAGACCCUUCGCAGAUGUGGAGUCUUGAUGUCAUUGGCAUAACCGAUCCAGAUCAUUCCCAAACCACCGAGGAGCGCACGGCAUUUGACCAUUUCCAGAGUGCAGUAUACAAGGAAAGGGGACGAUACGUCGUUCCCUUGAUGCUCAAGGCGCCCGACCUUUUGUCCAUUACGAACCAAACCGUUGCUGAAGCAAGGCUACAGCGUCAACUUAAACGUUUCGAAGCUCAUCCGGACGUGCUGCGAGAAUAUGACCGCACAAUCAGCGAGUACUUCAACGAGGGUGAUGCGGAGCGAGUGGAGCCGUCGGACCAAAGUGCACGUCAUGUGUAUUAUCUUCCUUACCACGCAGUCAUCCGGCAGGAAGCGGUGACAACCAAGGUUCGUGCCGAGUUCGACGCCUCUUCGCAUGUACUGGGAAGCCCUUGUCCAAAGGCCUGGAAGACCAACUGCGACAAAGCAGAAGGCAGCUUGGUCUGCCUGCAGAAUUCGGUCCAUUAG